AUGCUUGAACCGGUCAUUUCCAAACCUAUUUUGGAUAACGUGGCGAAGGCCGUGGAUUCUUCAAUGGUACUCGAACCGGAUGUCAAGUCUGGUAUUGUCAUGUAUAUGGAGAGUCUGGUAGAUGAUCUGAUCAAGGAAACGGCAAAGGCGGCUACCGUGAGGAAGAGUACAGAAGUCAAGGCGAAAGAUAUUGACUUUGUUCUACGUAAGUACAAUAUCAACGUGCAUGGUCCUGCUUCUGGUCAACCUAGUGCCAAGAAAAGUAACACGACAGAUCAACGGCAAGCGAUGAUUGACCGAAGUGUCAGGAGAUGA